AUGUCGGCUUGUGGUCGCCGGAUCAUAGCCGGCGCAGCCGCAUCACCGACGGCUCGCAUCUGUCAAGUAUCACAGCGACAACCAGCAAUCGCCAACGAAUUGUGGCGAGUGUCUGGAAAUCAAAUCGAUCGACGGCGAGGUAUAAUUCUGCAAUCGCCGAGGCAAUCGAGACGGUGGGUGAUCGAAGCUGUGGGACCCGGGGGAAAAGUAUCUGUACGAAAUGACGGUGGUGACGAGGAGAAGAAGGUAGGGCCGUGCGCCUACGCGGUGGGGGAUCAGGAGGUUCGAGAGUUGGUGCAGGAGAGAAGAGUGGAAAAUGAUGAUCGGAGGGUGGAGGUGGUGGUAGCAGCGGCUGUGACGGUGGUGUUGGGAGUAGGUAAUCGUGUUCUGUAUAAGUUGGCUUUGGUUCCACUCAAGCACUACCCCUUCUUUCUAGCUCAGCUCGCCACGUUCGG